CGGUAACGCCGGACUGCAACGUUCUUACUUGUAUCUGUGUGAAUGAAAAGCUAAUGUUUUUCAAUAUAAUCGAAGUUAACACCUGAAUUUUGUUCGGCUUUUUAUUGGAAAACCUCAUCCAGCAGUCUAGCGCUAGAAGUCCGAAGGUGUCUAGCCCUCAAAUAAAAUACUCUCCUAUACAUUUUUUGUUCGGCAGAAUAAUAAAACAUAAGCAAAACACCGCGCUUUUAUUUUAGCAGUUGUUGACCAUUGCAAGGCAUUGCAAUGUGAUUUGCGAUGGUAUCAGUGUGAUUGCCCAAUUAUUUACAAUGUGAACCAAGCGAAUGAGCCGCAGGCUAUUAUAUUUAUUUAUAUACGUAUAAGUAUUUAUGUAAAGAUAUGCGUUAUUAUGCACAUAAAUUUAUUUGACAUCUGGCGCUAUAUCAGCGUGGUCAGUCGCUCGCGUGUGAGUUCCGGCGAUGCGAACCUUUGCGACAGCCGAUAGCAAUCAACUGCGCUGCUAAGCGACUGAUAACGGUCGACGAUAGCUGGUGAUAAUCAUUAGCUAAACGCUCAACACACACUAGUAGCAGGUGGCAGGUGCCUGCCACAAGGCGAAUUGCUGUCAGAUAUUUCAGUUGUCAGUCCCUGAGCAAUCGCCCUGAUUGACGCACGGGCAGCUAAACCUUUUGUGUUGCAUACUUUCGGGCGGAACUUAAAUGGCAUCGCGAAUGCUAAUCAUCGACACAUCGGACGAGUUCCAACCGCUGCUGAAUGCAAGCGACCUGUGCCAGAUACACAGCACGCCACGCUACAUCUUCCUGUUCCUGGUCUCGGUGCUCUUCGUGUGCACCCUUGUGGGCAACCUAAGUGCGCUGUAUGUGAAUUCGAGCAGGAAGCUGAGACCCUUCUUCCGCGCCUGCCUCAUCUCGCUGGCCUGCAGCGACCUCAUGUACUGCAUCAACUUCACCACUUCCAACAUAGCGUUAUUCCGGGCGGACUACCUUGAGUACUGGAUCCUUGGCCCCUUCAUGUGCUACCUUAUCCCGUUUGUCAACACUACCACAGUGCUGUGCAGCAGCUGUAUGCUCGUGGCCAUUGCGCUGGAUCGCUAUAUGUCGAUAAGGCGCGCGGCUGUUGGCAUCUGGACUCCCCACUGGCUACUCUGCGUACUCUGCAUCGGUGGCAUUUGGCUGGCCUGCAUGGGCGUGGCAGUCCCUCUCUUCUUCAUCUACAGGCCGAUCCGCGUUUACAUACAGACCACGGACGAGCUGAUAGUGAGCGAAAUACAGCAGGUGACGAUGUGCGUGGGCAGAAGGACUCAGGUCGGCAUCUACAACGGAGUCACACUCAGCCUCGUCUUUGUGCCCUGCAUUGUGGCUUUCAUCUUUCUUCACGUGACGAUUGCGCAGCAGCUGUGGCAGCGCCGCCAUCAGCUGCGCAGCUUGAAAAGGCAGCAGCAGCAGCAGCCGAUGUGGCUUGACUACCCACUGGGUAACCGGGAGACCGCCUACGCCGUAAUGAGCGCCUUCAGCGUGGCAGCCUGCGUUCACACGAGCGCCGCGCAGAUGACGCAGCAGCCGCAGCAAGAGAGAAAGAUGACUCCUGCGGCUGUGGCACGUGUGGCGCGGCAUCGUCGCAUGGUGAAGGUCGUGCUGCUAAUGAUGGGCGCCUUUAUCUGCUUGCGCCUGCCCGCCUGGAUCUUCCUGAUGAUGCGCGUGUACGGGUCAUUCUCCUCGCCCUUGUCCUGGAUGUUCUACUUCAGCUUCGGGCUGCUCAAUUUGACCAGCUGCGCCCUGAAUCCGCUCUUCUACACCUUUCUGCCCCAGACGCUUCGAGUGCUGUCGCAGCUCAAGCUCAUGCUCUGCCGGCUACUCUGCUGCGGACGUGCCGCAAACUUGGAGUCGGAUGCUCCCAUGCCCAGCGAGGCGCCAGAGCAGGCGGCUCGUGGUCUUUGCUUUGGCCUCCACGUCACCUGGCGCUGCCAACUGAAGUUGAGGACGCAGCAGAUGGUACCCGCAGCCAAAGAGCCAGUCUCCAUCAUAGAGCUGCCUUCCAUUGCCAGCAGCAGCCUCUCUAAGGAAGUCUUCAAGGACCUCAGCAUCUCCCAUGGGCGCUCGCUGCCUUCGCCAGUGUCCAUAAAAUCUCUAGGCUGAGGCGUCAUCAAUCAAAUGUGACCUGAUGGUAAUGGUGUAUUGAUUAAUUUACUUACAUAUAUAAGGCCAGGCAAUGAACUGUUGCUGACAGCUCGAAGGGUGCCAGAGAUCAUUCAUUCUGCUGAUAUGCCUCAACGCAAGCUCGUGCUUUGGGAAUUGUAAUAAAUUUUAAAUAAAGCUACUGAUACAGCACUUGAA